AUGACAUUCAACGAAGCAGUUGCCAUGACGCCCACAAAACCUGAUGAUGAGGAGGAAGAGCAAGAUGGAUCCACCCUCGUUCACCAUUCACUCAUGUUUGCUCCAAAGACAAUCCUCCUGGUUUCCAGAAAUAAUCAUUUUGAAGCUCUUAAGAACUGCCUUGGCAUAAUCUACACUGUAUUCAUUGAAAAUUUACAAUUCAGUUUGGAAUCAAUUAUUGGAAAUAUUUUGGGAUGUGUGCAUAUACCACCUCCAGGUGGCCCCCAAGUCCGUUUCUCUAUUGGUGCUGGUGACCGUCAAGCCCUUCAGCCUCCUCUUAGUAGCACAAUUCCUGUCACUAAUUGUUCUGUUGCUUUGAUUUUCACCCAGUUAGGUAUAAAAAAUGUGCUGUCCCUAUUUACUGCUGUGCUGACAGAUCAUAAAGUCCUUAUUCUAUCGCAAAGCUAUACUCGGCUCACAGAUGCUUGCCAUGCCCUCAAUGCGCUAUUGUAUCCAUUACGGUACACUUAUGUGUAUAUACCGAUCCUCCCUAUAUCACUUCUGGAGGUGCUCAAUGCUCCAACACCAUUCCUUGCUGGUAUCCAUUCAUCAUUAAGUCAUGGAGUUUCUGACCUGCUUGAUGUGAUAAUUGCUGAUUUGGAUGGCGGCAGCAUUAUGGUUCCUGAGUGUAUCCACCUGCCUGAAAUCCCAGAUGCACUUCUAAAUAGAACCAUGAAGGCACUAACUAUGAUUUUGAAGCCAGAACUGCUGACUGCAGAUGAUGCCUUCCCAGCACUUCCAAAGAAAUCCAAACCUCCUGAUCGCAAGGACAAAGAACUGCGUGCUGUGUUCAUCCGUCUGUUUGCUGAGUUGUUCACAGGAUACCGCUCCUGUCUCACCUUGAUCCGUAUCCAUCCAGAACCAUUUAUAACCUUUCAUAAAGCUUAUUUUCUUGGUCAGCGGGGUAUGGUAGAUGAUGACUUUACAUGCAAAGUGCUGGACUGCAUGAGUUUCAGCUCUUUUGUGGCUGAGCGCGGCCCUCCAUACAGAGUCUGUGAUAUAUUUGAUGAGGUUUAUGCAACUAUGCAGGACCAAUUGAAGGAGGAACGUGCCACAGUGAACGGAGAAAAGAUGAUGGCUCAUAUUAAAGAAAUUGCCCAGCAGUUGUUCCUCAAUGAAAACCCUAAUUCACAGCCAUACGUGCCUAAAUUACCCAAACCCACAGAAGGUGCCUAUGCACGGAUACACCAACUGCCCUUCCCCCAUUUAGAUCGUAAUCUCAUUUUGGAAAUCAUUGACGAAGGAACUGCUAAGCUCAAUUUAAAAAACAAAUUAAGUGUUCGUCCACAACAGCCCAGAAUUGUGCCAAUGGGUCCACCAAUUUCAUCAGUUGUAGACAAACAAAAAAUUGUAGAUAACAAUGCUCGCCGAUUGGAAGUGUUGCGCAAUUGCAUCAAUUUUAUAUUUGAAAAUAAGAUCUCAGAUGCACGAAAAAUCUUCCCUGCUGUUCUACGAGCUUUGAAUAACAAAGUUGCUCGAUUAGCCCUUACCCAAGAACUCAGCUACCAUAUCCAAAGCAACAGGGCUAUGCUUGAGCACCAACAAUUUGACUUGGUUGUACGCCUACUCAACUGUGCUUUACAGGAUGAUUCUAGCAUGGAUGAAAAUGGAGUUGCAUAUGCUAUUCUACCUCUGGCUACCUCUUUUUGCAGAAAAUUGUGCACAGGCGUAAUCCAAUUUGCUUACACUUGUGUGCAAGAACAUGCUGUUUGGAGGAAUCAGCAAUUCUGGGAAGCUGCGUUCUACUUGGAUGUUCAGAAGCAGAUCAGACAACUUUACCUGCCGCAUUACGAAGAGCAUUUUGUCUCUGAACACACUAGAGAAGAGGCAAAGAGUGCUAAUCUCAUGCGGGAGGUGAGUCGCGACAGAAGUUUGGAUGCCUCGCGUAGCAAAUCUUGCACCCCAGACAUCCACCGGAGAUCUGCUCCUUGUAUUUACCGACCAAAAGAGAUAGGAGCUCUUGACAUAGCUGCUGAGCAGUUGAGGGUUUGGCCAACAUUGAGCAAAGAACAGCAAGAAGAAAUGAUCAACAAUGAAGAGUCAACUGUUUACAGUCAAGCAAUCCACUAUGCAAAUCGAAUGGUGUACAUGCUAAUUCCUCUGGAUGUUAAUCGACGUGAGAAGAAUUCAGGAGUUGGUUUUGAUGAGAAAUGUGCCAGUAACAGUAAUAUAACAGCAAGUCUUGCUGAGAGUGAUAGUCUUGAUGCUGAAAGUGGGUUUGAUGAAACUGAAGCAUCAGAUGUUGGAGCCAAUGUCAUUCGAUUUGUCACUCGAUUUGUGGAUAAAGUCUGCAGUGAUAGCAGUGUUACUCAGGAUCAUCUCAAGUCACUGCAUCAAAUGAUUCCAGGUGUGGUUGCAAUGCAUAUUGAAACAUUAGAAUCAAUCCACAGAGAGAGCAAAAGAUUGCCACCUAUACAAAAGCCCAAAAUCCUGCUGCCAACCAUUUUGCCAGGGGAAGAGAUUGUCAUGGAUGGUCUGCGGGUAUACCUGCUGCCUGAUGGACGUGAAGAAGGUGUGGGUGGCAGUCUUGGUGGACCCUGCCUGUUACCUGCUGAAGGAGCUGUCUUCCUCACCACCUAUAGGAUCAUUUUCAAGGGCAUUCCUUGUGACCCACUUGCUUGUGAACAGAUUGUGGUACGCUGUUUCCCAGUGUCCACACUCACUCGGGAAAAGCGUAUCAGUGUUCAGUAUUUGCAACAUUUAGACCAGUGGUUGCAUGAGGGCCUUCAGCUACGUUCCAGUAUAUUUCAGUUGAUGAAAAUUGUUUUUGAUGAAGAAGUUGGAUCUGAUAAUGUAGAGACGUUUAGAAAAUUGGUUCAUAAAGUACGCAACCCAGUCAGAGUGUUUGAUACGUUCACAUUCGUUGGCCACAGCACGCUCCAACCUACACCCAUUCAUAAACAGAAAGAGAAAAAUGCAACUAUUAAACAAUUUGCCAAGAAAACCUUGAUAAAGACAGUAAGGAAAGCCGGUUUGAAACCCAAGCAAUCAUCUCGAAAGCAGAAGUACAUGCUACCAACCCCUCCAUCGUCCAGGCGAAGCCUGUCACCACGAUCCUCAGACAGUGAAUCAGAACGACCAAAUAGUGAAGCCUAUGACGAACUUUCCAUUUUCUUUUCUAUAUCUCGUUUUCAUUAUUUUUUUUCUCACUCUCCAAUUUUCAUUUAUUUUUCUCACUCUCCAAUUUUCAUUUAUUUUUCUCACUCUCCAAUUUUCAUUGUUUAUUUUUCUCACUCCCCAAUUUUCAUUGUUUAUUUUUCUCCAAUUUUCAUUGUUUAUUUUCUCACUCUCAAUUUUCAUUGUUUAUUUUUCUCACUCUCCAAUUUUCAUUGUUUAUUUUUCCUCACUCUCCAAUUUUCAUUGUUUAUUUUUCUCACUCUCCAAUUUUCAUUGUUUAUUUUUCUCACUCUCCAAUUUUCAUUGUUUAUUUUUCUCACUCUCCAAUUUUCAUUGUUUAUUUUUCUCACUCUCCAAUUUUCAUUGUGUUUUUUUUCCUUUCUCUCCAAUUUUCAUUGUGUUUUUUAUUUCCUUUCUCUCCAAUUUUCAUUGUGUUUUUUAUUUCCUUUCUCUCCAAUUUUCAUUGUGUUUUUUUUUUCAUUUUCCUUGUGUUUUUUAUUUUUUCUCUCCAAUUUUCCUUGUGUUUUUUUAUUUCCUUUUCUUUCCAAUUUUCCUUGUGUUUUUUAUUUCCUUUCUUUCCAAUUUUCCUUGUGUUUUUUUUUCCUUUCUUUCCAAUUUUCCUUGUGUUUUUUUAUUUCCUUUCUUUCCAAUUUUCAUUGUGUUUUUUUAUUUCCUUUCUUUCCAAUUUUCCUUGUGUUUUUUUAUUUCCUUUCUUUCCAAUUUUCCUUGUGUUUUUUUAUUUCCUUUCUCUCAAUUUUCCUUGUGUUUUCUAUUUCCUUUCUCUCCAAUUUUCUUUUGUUUUUUAUUUCCUUUCUCUCCAAUUUUCAUUGUGUUUUUUAUUUUAAUUUUUCAUUGUUUAUUUUUCUCACUUUUUCAUUGUUUAUUUUUCUCACUCUCCAAUUUUCAUUGUUUAUUUUUCUCACUCUCCAAUUUUCAUUGUUUAUUUUCUCACUCUCCAAUUUUCAUUGUUUAUUUUUCCUUUCCAAUUUUCAUUGUGUUUUUUAUUUUCUCCAAUUUUCAUUGUGUUUUUUAUUUCCUUUCUCUCCAAUUUUCAUUGUGUUUUUUAUUUCCUUUCUCUCCAAUUUUCCUUGUGUUUUUUAUUUCCUUUCUCUCCAAUUUUCCUUGUGUUUUUUAUUUCCUUUCUUUCCAAUUUUCCUUGUGUUUUUUAUUUCCUUUCUUUCCAAUUUUCCUUGUGUUUUUUUAUUUCUUUCCCAAUUUUCCUUGUGUUUUUUAUUUCCUUUCUUUCCAAUUUUCCUUGUGUUUUUUAUUUCCUUUCUUUCCAAUUUUCCUUGUGUUUUUUAUUUCCUUUCUUUCCAAUUUUCCUUGUGUUUUUUAUUUCCUUUCUUUCCAAUUUUCCUUGUGUUUUUUAUUUCCUUUCUCUCCAAUUUUCCUUGUGUUUUCUUUUUCCUUUCUCUCCAAUUUUCUUUGUUUUUUAUUUCCUUUCUCUCCAAUUUUCAUUGUGUUUUUUAUUUCCUUUCUCUCCAAUUUUCAUUGUUUAUUUUUCUCACUCUCCAAUUUUCAUUGUUUAUUUUUCUCACUCUCCAAUUUUCAUUGUUUAUUUUUCUCACUCUCCAAUUUUCAUUGUUUAUUUUUUUUCAAUUUUUUCAUUGUUUAUUUUCCUCACUCUCCAAUUUUCAUUGUUUAUUUUUCCUCACUCUCCAAUUUUCAUUGUUUAUUUUUCCUCACUCUCCAAUUUUCAUUGUUUAUUUUUCCUCACUCUCCAAUUUUCAUUGUUUAUUUUUCCUCACUCUCCAAUUUUCAUUGUGUUUUUUUUUCCUUUCUCUCCAAUUUUCAUUGUUUUUUUUCCUUUCUCUCCAAUUUUCAUUUUUCCUCCCAAUUGUUGCAGGUACCAGGAGUAAUUAUAGUGAAGGUUCCCCAUCUGUUAUUGAUGAAGCAGAAUUUUCUACAUCUUGGUCUGCUGAUCCAAAAAGCUUGGAAAAACUAAUGGAACGUCCUGGCUACCAGGACUACCAGAGGCUUGGGAUUGGUAGUCUUCCUGGCAGUGGAUCUCGCUCCAGGACAGACGCCUUUAGAAUCACACUGGUCAAUUCCAACUACUCAGUUUGUCGAAGUUACCCAGCUCUCUUGGUAGUUCCUCAUUCUGUAACAGAUGAAAGUAUAAGGAAGUUUGCCCGCUGUUAUCGACAGUCCAGAUUUCCUGUCAUAACGUGGCGCCACUCUCGAACCAAAGCCUUAUUGAUAAGAGCAAGUGGCUUCCACUCCAGAAGCUUGAUGGGAAUGCUCCGACAUCACAACACAGUUUCUGGUACAUCAACUGGAGAGACAUCUGCCAGUAUUGAACAGGAGAAUUAUUUCCGAUCACUGGUUGCAGCCACUCCGAACAGUAUGCGAACCUACCAGUCCUCAUACAGUGACUCAUUGACCAGUUUGGACUCUUUGAUGAUGGUAGGAAAUUCAGAACUGACGAUUCCAGAGACUCCAGAGCCCCUUCGAAAAACAACAUUCUCCCGGGCACCAGGAUUGAGCAGCAUUCGGACCAGUGCUAAUGCCAAGUCAAAAACUCUAGACCUCAGCUCACCAGUGUCCAUCACAGCACAGUCGCCGCCUUCUUCCUCAUCAGCAACACCUGGGACUGUUGGCAGUGGCACUGCCUCCUCGGCCACCAUGUCAGCUUCGGUCCAAUCUGCUGAGACGAAACAAUCCUCAGCAACAACUCCUACAGGCAUUGGCCAUCGUAAUAGCAUGAUAUCUCGGGCGUCUAGCACUAUACUGGCGCCCACAUUUAAUGGAGGUCCAUUGCUCAGUUUCCCUCGACGGAGGAGAAGAUCUGGCUAUUGGCAAAGUAAUGAUUCAUUUGUAGUUUAUGUCCCCCCUAUCAAUCCAAUUCACCCAUUUUGGCAACCCACCAUCCCCAAAGCAUCCUGCCCUUUCAUCUGCAUUGCUGAUUCUUGUCAUGCUUUAAAGCGCUUUGACUUGCAUUGUCUCAACUGCUUCUAUCUGACGAGAUCCUUGAUUCUUCUCUUUAUCAUCUGCUCAUUUUGA